UUCUAACGUCAGCCUUGUGUGGCUGAGAUCUCGGUACUAAAUUAACUCUGCGGGAACAGAGUUAGUAAUGAUGAUCCAACUUCCUCUAGUAGCAAAUUUCUCUAUUACAGUAAGUAAAGUUUAAAAAACUAUAAAUUUUGGUGCUGGAGCUCAAAGUUUGUAUCUUUUUAAGAAAUACUGCAAUAACUGAAAUUGUCGUAUGUUUACAACAUCAUCUUUAAAUGGUAGUGGUGAAGCGGCGCUGAAAGAACGUACAGUCUCGAAAAACACUAAAUUGCAACCGCACCGCCGCAUACCUAGGCGCUUCCCUUCGCACGAAAACAAGGAUUCAGGGUUAAGAUUCCACUAUGUGGCUGCUGGAGAAAGGGGUAAACCACUCAUGCUGCUGCUUCAUGGCUUUCCAGAAUUCUGGUAUUCUUGGCGCCAUCAAUUGCGGGAAUUUAAAAGUGAAUAUCGAGUGGUGGCCCUGGAUUUGAGAGGUUAUGGAGAAACAGAUGCUCCUUCUCACAAAGAAAAUUACAAGUUAGAUUGCCUGAUAACAGAUAUAAAGGAUAUUUUGGAAUCUCUAGGAUACAACAAGUGUGUGUUGAUUGGCCAUGAUUGGGGAGGAAUGAUCGCUUGGUUAGUGGCUAUAUGUUACCCUGAAAUGGUGACUAAGCUGAUUGUGGUCAAUUUCCCUCAUCCUUCUGUGUUUACAGAAUACAUUCUACGACAUCCAUCACAAUUGAUUAAAUCUGGUUACUACUUCUUUUUCCAAAUGCCAUGGUUUCCUGAAUUCAUGUUUACAGUAAAUGAUUUCAAGGUUCUGAAAAGUUUAUUUACUAGCCAGGCCACUGGAAUUGGAAGGAAAGGCUGCAGAUUAACAGCAGAGGAUAUUGAAGCUUAUCUCUAUGUCUUUUCACAACCUGGAGCAUUAACUGGACCCAUUAACCAUUACAGAAGUAUUUUCAGCUGCCUACCUCUGCAGCACCAUGAAGUCAUCAUGCCAACCCUGCUGUUAUGGGGAGAAAGAGAUGCGUUUAUGGAAGUUGAGAUGGCAGAAAUUACACGGAUUUAUGUUAAAAAUCAUUUCAGAUUAACUAUUUUGUCUGAAGCCAGUCACUGGCUCCAGCAGGAUCAACCUGACAUAGUGAACAAGUUGAUAUGGACCUUUCUAAAGGAAGAGGCAACAAGAAAAAGAGAAUGACUGUUCGUACAUGUUUUAAGGGGUCUACAUAAAAGCUUUUCAGAUUUAAAAACUAAUUGUUAUCAGGGCCAUAUUUCCAGCCUGCCUUCUAUUUUGAGCUCUGUUAGAGAAAAGUGUUUUCAAUGUACUGUACAUUUGGACACCAAUGUUACUGCUAAAAGAAGUGGUGAGUAUGAGAAUGUAUGAUACCAACAUUGGUUUUACCUGUAUAUUGUAUUUUGCACAUAAAAACACCUGCCUUAAGAUAUAUAUGUAUUUGUACAGAAAGAAAAUCAUGGAAAGUUGCUUGGUUUUGUUUUCUCCCUUGCUUUACAGUUUUCGUGUGUGGUGCCUUUUACAAGUUUAUAAUGAAACAAUAGAGUGGUGCCAUACUGAAGGAAGUCACGAGUUUUCAUUCUAGAUUCACCUGAAUUUUUUUAAUGUAUUUUACCAUUAAACAGUAACUAACUCUUUUUAUUAUCUAUAUUUUAGCAUACUGAAUGACUGAAAAAUUUCUGGGCGCAUUUCUAGUCUUCAAGUGAAUAAUGAUAUGUAUCUUGUUGUAUUGUUGAAUGCAGCUGCUUUGUGCGAUGUGUUUUUCUUUCUUGACUAAAAAAUGGGAAACCUGUACACUCGACAAGUCUGAACAAGGAGAAUGGAAAAUUAACUGAUAACAUGUAUCAAAUCCACCUCUGUCUAAUAAAAAGCAACUUACACUACUCCCUU